CCGCAUUGUUUUCAAUUCGAGUUUCCCCACUGGCAGAUAUGAAGUUCCUUGCUCUUUUCGUCGCUUUGGUGGUUGUUGUAGCCACGGUCAGCGGACAAAAAUCGUCGGCCUUGAAUACUAAUCACAAUAUCAUUGUCAUUGGCAAACCACCAGCCGGCACUCCUGCCGCUUCCGCCGCUCCUGCCGCUCCUGCCGCUCCCGCCGCUCCUGCCGCUCCCGCCGCUUCUGCCGCUCCCGCCGCUUCUGCUGCCCCUGCCGCUGAUGCCGCCGCUGAUGCCGCCCCCGCAGCCAAAUAAACCGUUUGUCGUUUGACCUUACAGGCUUAUUUAUUAUAAAAAAAUGUAGCUCCCCUUAUCAUUGUAAAUGUUUUGAGAUGUAAUGUUUCCUAAAUCUA